AUGUGCGCUGGGAGCCAGGGCCAGAUAUCAGUAUUGUCGCCGUCGGCAGCGCGGAGAUUCCAAAUCAGUAAUACAGAUCACAUCAUCGACGUGAACAAGGGCAACAACUUGUUCGAGUACGAUCAAGUGACCAUCAUCUGCCCGGUCUACAAUGAGUGGACCAAAGAGGAAGACACCGAGAAAUACAUCAUCUACAACGUCUCCAAGGAGGAGUACGACACGUGUCGCAUCACGGAUCCCAACCCGCGCAUCAUCGCCGUCUGCGACAAGCCGUACAAGUUGAUGUUCUUCACCAUCACGUUCCGGUCGUUCACGCCGCAGCCGGGCGGCCUGGAGUUCCGGCCCGGCCAGGACUACUUCUUCAUCUCGACCUCUGCACGCGGGGACAUGCUGAGGAGGAUCGGCGGCCGCUGCUCGACGCACAACAUGAAGGUCGUCUUCAAGGUUUGCUGCAACGGCACCGGCAGCAACCGCGUCGACACACCGCUGCUGCCCGGGAACGCGCCGGCGCCCGAGGCGCCGCCGGCCACCGCCUCGCCCGACUGGAUGCCGGCGCCCACCACGCCCGCCAGCUCGGCGCGCCCCAGCACGCGCCAGUCGUACAAGGACCUCUACGACCUACACGACCUGCAUGUGCCCUCCAUCAACGUCAAGGCGGCCACCGAGAAAACAGAUGAAAAGGGCAAGAAGAAACAUCCGAACGACGAUAUUGCGAAAAACCAAGGACUCACUUCCCGAGCCUCGCGCGUCGUGAGACAUAGAGACUCGUACACCUCGCUGGGCUACAGUAUAGCCAGCUUCCUAUUACUGAGGUUCAUCACGCGGUGAGCUGCCGCAGGACAAUAGCUCGUGUAAAUGCGUGUACAGCAGAGUGCGUGGGCUCGUGAUUGUGCCAUCUGUGAGCGAAAAAACAAGCUGCGAUGCGUGUGCGCCGCGCGUCGUGGCGCUGCUGUCGCUGUGGAGACGCCGGGAGAAGCUUUACAAUGUGAUGGAAGAUAUUUUACCGGUCAUAUCUGUUUGUGACGCUGAUCAAUGUGAUAGCCCUGCUGUGGCGGGCCAACCUUGUGUAAAACCUGUACAUAAGUCAUAGGAGUGUAGCAUCGCAUUUCAUUAUUUUACAUUGGCAGUCUGUGUCCUGAUUGCUUUCACUUCGAGCUAUCAGAUCUUUUAUGAGACGUACAUUAAACAAUCGAUGGUAGUUCCUUGAGCUCCUGGUUGACAUGCACACCGCGGGGGCAAAUGCCUAUAACGACAACUCCUAUCUUCCCUUAUAAGGGAGACCGAAAUUCCUGCCAGUACGCCAUAAGGGCGAGAUUACGAACGUGCACCAGACGUAUCAGCAUUGUCGCGGCGACAUGGGCCUGCCGUGGCUGUGGAGGCUGUUUUCGCCCCAUGUAUUCCCAUCCGCCUGCGCAGCUAUCCCCCGGUU